UUGCUUAUAAUAUGAAAAUCGAUUUAAGGUACGCAGUAAAUCGAGUAUUAAAGCAAACAAACCACUAACAAAACCACUCUUGUUGAACAUGAGCCAAGUUAGUCAAGAUACAAAAAAGAAAAUCUACGAAACCUUCGGUAGAAAUGAAGAAAUGGUGGAAGACGACGUCAACAUCAUCAAGACGUGGAUGCAAACCCAACCCCACCUUCCCGAAAUUCUGGAUGACACUAGAAUCAAAAACUUCCUCAAUCUCAACAAGUUUAGUCUCGAAAAAACUAAGCAAAAAAUCGACAUGUAUUACACCAUUCGAACUUUAGUGCCUGACAUUUUCCAAAAAGGCAAGCUAAAACUGGAAAAUAUCCAGAAAGUGUUUGACGACUGGUACGUUUUUUAUUUUCCUAUGUUGGUGAAUGACGUCCAUCGGGUGUACUACAUGAAAGCUAAAAGACCCAAUAUCGUGGAACCUGUAUCUAUUACAGCAGUUUUAUUCGCGUUGUAUGAAAUAAGGUUACAUGAAGAUUUUAUGGUUGACGAUAUUGUUGUCGUUGACAUGGGCAACCAUACCUUCAGGGACGUCCAACAAAUGACUCCCACCUAUAUGUCAAACUGUCAUGCCAUCUAUAAGAAAGUGUAUUCUCUCAGACUGAAGAAAAUUGUCUUUCUCAACUGUCCGUCCUACAUUUCUAUUCUUGUCGCACUUUUGAAAAACGUACUGACACCGAAGUUGUUUGAGAGAGUCGAAUUCGACCCAGAUGACGCAGGAAUAAAGAAAGUUUUGUCGAAAGGACUACUCCCGAAGGAGUAUGGGGGAGAAGGACUUUCACUAGACAACCUAAAUGAUAUAAUGUAUAAGAAACUAGGUGAAUAUCAAACCAGAUUCGACCAGUUGGAUGAGUUAAGGGUCGACGAAAGCCUACGACCAGAGAAACUGAACAAUGACGAAAUUCUGGGGUACUAUGGAAGUUUCAAGAAGAUAAAUAUUGACUAGUAUGACGACAUUGUCACUUAAAACGUUUUUAUUUAAAAAAUAUCUAC